GAAUCGGGUCUUAUGAUGUCACGCGCCUAUUGCUCACUCCUUCGCUCCUCCCUCACGCGCUCGAACCUAACAUUCCAAGUUUCCAACCCAAAGUUCCAAGUUCCAAGUUCCUUUUCUCUUCUUCACCUCUUCCUUCGUGUUCUAACUUAUAAACCCUCAAUGGGCGGAGCUUCGUUCCAACUAUUUGAUUGGAUAUUCAGCUUCUGUUGUUGUUUUCCUGAUCUGGGACAGAGAGAGAAACAGAUAUGGUGGUUGUGGCUCUGGUUCUGGUCUUGGUUUAAUUCUAGGGUUAUACUAAAUGGAUUCUUCUUCUCGUUCGCUCACGUUCUAUGAUUUCCUCGAUCGAAUGCGUCAUCCUACUUCUCUUGAUCUCGUUCGCUCCAUCAAAAGCUUCAUUGUAUCCUUUUCUUUUAAUGCUGUCAACUCUGAAAACGACAGCAAAAGGUUUCAAGACUUCCUUUCAACAAUGGAGACUUCUAUUAGGGAUCAUCCAUUAUGGUCUGGUGCCUCUGAGGAAGAAAUUGACUGUGCCGUCGAGGGCUUGGAGAAGUAUGUCAUGACAAAAUUGUAUGCCCGUACAUUUGCUUCCUCUCAAGAGGAUACUAAAGUUGAUCAAGAGAUCUUGGAGAAAAUACAUUUGUUGCAAAAGUUUGUUAGACCUGAACAUUUGGAUAUACCUGAAGCCCUUCAUAAUGAAGCUUCAUGGCUGCUUGCAGAGAAAGAGCUGCAGAAAAUGAACGCCUUCAAAUCUCCUCGUGAAAAGCUUCUCUGUAUUUUGAAUUGCUGCAAGGUCAUCAACAAUUUGCUUCUCAAUGUCUCAAUGUCAGCUCAUCGUGUUCUAGCUGGGGCUGAUGACUUCCUUCCAGUUCUUAUUUAUGUUACCAUCAAGGCCAACCCCCCUCAGCUGCAUUCCAACCUCAAAUUCAUCCAACUGUUCCGGCAGCAGUCAAAACUCGUCUCAGAAGUUGCUUAUUACUUUACAAAUCUUAUGUCGGCCAAAUUGUUUAUUGUUGACUUGGAUUGCAAGUCUCUCACCAUGGAUGAAGCAGAGUUUCAAGAGAAUAUGCUUGCAGCAAGGUUGGAACUCCAAAUGAACAUGCUUCCUGCAAGGUUGACUAAAGGUGAGACACGAAUAGACCCGUUCUCCUCACUGCAGUCGGCUAGGCCCACAUAUCAAGGUCAUUUCUCGAGAAAGUUUAAUGAGGAGAUCAAUGCUCUUGAUGGAGGAGAUUAUCCUUUCAUGGAAGCUAAGCCUGGAGAUCUAACUGUCACCGACGUUGAGACAUUGCUGAAUGUGUACAAGGAUGUUGUCAAAAAAUAUUCGAGGCUCUGUAGGUCAAUGAGAAGCCUCUCCCCAUUCAAAGAACCAUCUGUAAUGCCUCCUUCAGAAGUAGCCAAGAUUGAUCCACCUAGCCAACCUGAGCAACAGAAUCAACAGGUACCAGACAUGAUAGAUCCUGGUCCCAAAUGAGUAGUUUGUGAGUUUUCUUUGUCAUUUAUCAUUGUUAUGAUGUCAUUUUUUCCCCUUUAUAUUGGAAGUUCAGGUGGUCUUUUGUAA